AAAAUAAAAUAAAUAGAUGUGAAUAUAGCUCCGAUAAAACUGUCAAGACAAAUUGCUAAUGAAAAGAUUUUUAAUAAAAACUUAGUGUUUGUAGUGAAAUAUUCGAUAUUAAUAGUUAUAUAGUGGUUUAAAAACGAUAACAAAAUGGCAAAAAAUAAACGCCUUAUGCAUAGAACGGUUACGACUAGAGCACAAGCAAGAAAUUUACAACAACAAGUCAAUAGCGGAAACCAGACACCUAAUAAUAGAUCUAUUAAAAAGAAGCAAACAAAAAAGCAUAAACGACUGUUGAAAACACGAUUGUCAAUGGAUAAUAAAAGAAAGAAUAAAGCAAUCCCAAAGGUUGCUAAUUCACCUUUAAAAACAAAUAAAAGUGACCCUUUGACAAUCCAAAUUCAAAAAGAACUUGAAAAGUUACGAAAGUUAAAUAAUGACCAACAUAAAGAUAUUUUUGGCGAUAGACACGUUUCACUUUCUGAAUCACCAAAUGGGAAAAGCAUACAAAUAACUUGUAAAAAUUUUGGUGAAGAAAACAUAAAAAAGGAAUCCAAGAUUCCAAUCAAAUUUGGUGAUAAUUGGAGUGAAGUAUCAACCAUUCAAGUUGAGUCUCAAAAUACUUUAAAUAACUCUAUCAAUUAUAAUGACACAAUCCCAUUUGCUUUUCCAAAAACUUCAACUUCAGAUGUUAACAUAAACAAUUCCUCAACACCAAAAUUUACAUCACGUUUAUCAUUGUCAACACAAUCAAAACUUUUUAUUCAAAAUCUUCAAGGAAGUAACAAUUUAAACGAUCUAAAAAAUGAAAGAACUGAAAAAAAUGCUAAUGAUGAAUCAGAUGGUGAUGUUAUUUGUUUGGAUACUGUUGAUGAAUUGGAAGAAAUGAAUACUACUGAUGAUUUAAUUUGUAUAUCCGAUUCAAAAUCAGAAUCUUGCAUAGUAAUUGAUGAUGACAAUGACAGUCCUGAAAAUGUGAAUCUAAUUGAUUUAACUUCGCCAAAUAAUACUUUAAGUAAAGUUACAAACCCCCAAAAAAAUCAACAAACUCAAUCGACCAAUUCAAUUGCGUCACAUAAUUUUCCAUCUACUUCAACUCAAAGCAGAAUGACGGAAAGACGCGCCGAAUUUCCUGUGAGUUUAAAUUCAAGAUUUAUGGAACCUCCUGCUGUUUUAGUACCGGUGUUACCACAACACUCCCAAUUAAAUAAUUCAUUCCACUAUAACCAUCAAAGUAAUAUUUAUGGAAAUAAUUUUUUAAAUUUUGGAUCGAUUCGAACUACAGGUCUUCGGCCAAUUUUUAUUGAUGGGAACAAUAUUGCAAUGUUACAUUCAAAUGGCAGAUUCUUUUCCGUUAUUGGACUGAAAAUAUGCAUUGAUUACUUCAAAAUGCGAGGCCAUGAUGUAACUGCCAUUGUACCGCAAAUUCGCAAGAGAAAGAAUCAAAACUCUGAUCCCAAAUUAUUGUUUAAACUUGAAAAAGAGGGUAGUGUAAUUUUUACCCCAUCAAGAGUUAUUAAUGGCAAAACGAUUGUUCCAUAUGAUGAUAGAUUCAUUGUACAAUUAGCAGCUGUACACGAAGGAGUAAUAAUUUCUUGUGAUAAUUACAAAGAUUUAUUAGCGGAAAAUCCGAAUUUGAGAGAUGCGAUUGAAAAUAGAGUAUUGAACCCGACUUUUGUUAAAAAUAUGAUUAUAUUUCCAUCGGAUCCAUUAGGACAAUAUGGACCGAAAUUAGAUGACUUUCUUAAAUUUUCUACACAAUAGUCAUAUUAACUGGUUAUUAUCAAUUUCAUAUUAAAUUAAAUUUAAUUAAUUUAA